GAGAUAGUUUCUAAAGUGACGUGGCCUAAUUUUCUUCUUUUCCUCUUUUCUUCGUCUUCCUCAAUCUCACCUCAUCAUCACUUUCAUCUUCUCUAUCUCUCCACUGAUCCCACCAACCACACUUACUUUUCUCAAUCUCACCUCAUCGAAUCUCGCCCACUACUAACUUGUUGUCCUAAUCAAAGUUAAGUUGGAGAAGAACAAGAAACACCAGGGGGAAUAGAUCGUAGGGAGAAGGAAGGAGGAAGAUGGGAGAUAUUUGGGCAUGCCUUAUAUCCUUCUUCUUCCUCAUCGCUCUUGUCGGAAUCAUCGUCUACGAGCUUGCAUCUCCUGCAGCAGAGCCUUUGGCUAUGGAGGUUAAUUCUGAGAAACAAACGAUUAAAGAGGAGAGGAGCCCUGAACCUGAUACUGAGAAACAAUCGAUUAAAGGAGAAAGGAGCCCUGAACUUGUCAGUCUUGAGAUAGAUAACUUGUUCGGAUUCUUGGCCCCUUCGAGAAGAAAUAUGAACAUGUUUGUGCUACUGCUUCUUCUCUUCUUGACCAAGGCAGUUUCUCAGGGUGAAAGAGGAGAGUUCGGCCAAUUACCCAAAACAUCAAACAGGCCAACAUGUUUGUGCUACUGCUUCUAUCUUUUUUUUUCAUAAUAAUUUGAAAUUGUAUAUUGGGUAUCUUUUUAUUUUCAAAUAAAAUUUAGUAUUACUGUUUUAUGUUUUCAAUUUAAAAAUUAUUUUUAAUGUUUUAAAAAUUAUUAUAUGUUUUAACAUUAUUAAAUUAUAUAAUUAUUAAGAUUCAAAUUAUAUAUCCUCCCACUUAUCCCACUACUAAUUAUUACUAAAUUUCACCUCUUACAUUAUUUUAUUAAUUUUUCAUAUCUAAGCUAUAUCUCCCCACUUAUCCCAUUAAAGAUGCUCUUAGAGAGGGUAUUUUAGAGAAUACUAGAAAUGUUUCAUAAUUUUUAACUAAAAAAAAGUUAAGAGAUAUUUCUUAUAUUUCAGAGACACUUUUUAAUUUUUUUACUAAAGAUUAAGAAAAAUCUAUUAUAUUCGUUAAGAAAUGAUCCUUAAAAGACCUGCAUUAAUUAUGGUUUUAUUAUCCAACUUUUUAGAUACUGUGUGUAACAACCGUUAGCAAAUUGUUGGUUUAAACUUCUAAAGAAAAAUUAAUGAAAAAUGAUAAUAUUAUUAAAAUACUUUUUUUUAAGAACCUUUGACCUCAUCUUACCAAUGAAGUUGCCCAAAGUAUCUUACUAGCUCCAUUUCUAUUUCAUACCCUGAUGUCGAAAUUUCCAACGUGACAAACUUUAGGGAUGAUUUCAAACACCGAGGCUCUAAAGCUAUGGUUCCUAUAAUAGUAUAAUUAAGAGAAAAAUCAAAAACUCACAAUGGCACUGAAGUAUGUGAAUUUACGAGAUUCAACUCCAAACAAAGAACACAAAGCCAAAGACUUCUCCAUGUGCUAGAUAAAACACUUGUCCUGCUAUAACUUUGUGGGAAGAGGAGUAAGUAUGUCACAUAUCAAAGAGUUAGGUUUUUGGCUCAUCCUAUUUUCCUUCAAUCUCUGUCUUGACCUUAUCAUCUUCUACCAAUAAUGCAUUUUCUUUAGUAGAAGAAUUUUCAAACCAACUAUCUUCAUGCAAUUUUGAAAACACAAGUUUGCAGAUAUAAAAGUUGGAUGCGUAGGUAUUACCGAUAGCGUGUUUUGUAACCAAUAUUAAUCGCGAGUACCGUUUCCAACGGAUUCAUAAAUCAUAAGAGAGGUAAGAGAAGAAUAUAUUUAGAUUCUGACACGUCCAAUAUUAAAAGGCAGGUAUAUUUUUUUGUUUAAAUUUUAAUUUUAAUAUUCAAAUAUUUUGUAAUCAUAUUUGUAUUUAAUAUUUGUUUAAUUUGAUCUAAUAGUCUAUUAAAUAAAUAAAUACAUAUAGUUGGACAUAACAUUUAUCAAUAAGUUAUGUUUAUGUUUUAUAAUGGGAAUGCCAUAAUAUUUGUUUAAUUUGAUAGAAUAGUCUAUUAAAUAAAUAAAUACAUAUAGUUUGACAUGUUUUAUGUGUGUUUUUAUUGAUUGGUGAGCUGGAAUUGACGUGGUAAAAAGUUCUGUACUUUUCAAAUUUCAUCUCGAUGUGAAUAUUUUGAAAACUUGGUCAAACAGUCUGUAAAUUAUAUUACGACAAUACCACCGGGAGCUAUCCGAUGUAACUUCGGUCAAUGGUUUCUUUCUUCUUUUCUGGACCCAGCCACAGACUUACGUAGAUUAAGAUUUUUUUUUUAGAUUAAGAUAUUUUACAUAAAGAGUCACAGUAACUUUCUAUUUAAGUUGGUUUUGAAAUUUUACUUUUUUAUAUUAGUUUAAGAAUUUUCUAUUUUCAACAAAUUUGUAUUGUAUUAUAUAGUGGGGUUUCAUAUGAUUAAUAAUAAACUUCCAAGAAUUAACUUUAGGUUAAAAGGAAGUAAGUUUUUUUUGGUUCAUAUCAAGUUAUACACUCGUCAAGAAUUAAGCCUGAUAUUCUUCAAAGGGUGUCUGCUUGAGAAAAGAGUUAUGAAGAGAUCUUCAAGAAAGAGUGAUACAAGUUUCUUAGAGCAACUGAUUCUCUACGUCGCAAGCGCUGCAGUGGCUAGCUUGUCUCUAUACGUCUGUACUCGUCACUCCGACCCGAACCUUGACGCUGUUGAUAAGGCCCUCAAGCGUAAGAAAGAACUCGCCAAGCGUCUCGGGCGUCCUCUUAUCCAGACUAAUGAAUACGAGGAUGUAAUCGCGGGUGAUGUAAUAGACCCACAAAAAAUAGAGGUUGAGUUUGAUUCUAUUGGAGGGUUAGAGUCAACUAAGCAGUCACUGUACGAGCUUGUGAUUCUACCGCUGGAGAGACCUGAGCUUUUCGCUUAUGGGAAGUUGCUUGGCCCUCAAAAGGGUGUGUUGCUGUAUGGUCCUCCUGGAACCGGGAAGACGAUGCUUGCUAAAGCUAUUGCGAAAAAAUCUGGAGCUGUUUUUAUAAAUGUGAGGGUCUCUAAUCUGAUGAGCAAGUGGUUUGGUGAUGCGCAGAAGCUUGUGGCUGCUGUGUUUAGCUUGGCGGAGAAACUUCAGCCUUCGAUUGUUUUUAUCGAUGAGGUGGAUAGUUUUCUUGGCCAGCGAAGGUCGACGGGUAAUGAGGCGAUGGCGACUAUGAAGACAGAGUUUAUGGCUUUAUGGGAUGGGUUUGCUACAGACAAGAAUGCGAGGGUGUUGGUUCUUGGUGCGACAAACAGACCUUCAGAGCUGGAUGAAGCGAUAUUGAGGCGUUUUUCUCAGGCGUUUGAGAUAGGGAUGCCUGAUUGCAAGGAGAGAGCUGAGAUAUUGAGAGUUAUUUUGGAAGGGGAGAGAGUGGAGGAGGGUAUUGACUAUGAUCUUCUAGCGAGGUUGUGUGAAGACUAUACCGGGUCAGAUAUCUUUGAGCUUUGCAAGAAAGCAGCUUACUUGCCAAUCAGAGAGAUACUAAAGGAGGAGAGAAAUGGCUGGAAAUUUUCGGAGCCUAGGGCAUUGACACAAAUGGACUUGGAGAAGGUGCUUGCUACCUCAAAGAAGACACAGAUUGCUGCAAGCGAGUACUCUGGUUCAAGGUCGGUUUGGAGAAGGCCAAGGGAUAGUGAUGAGGUACAAGCCGUUAUAAAUGACAUCUCAAAGCUUUUAGUCUCUGGGAUGUGUUAGAUCAACGUGACUGACAAAGCUCAGAAAGCUUAUUUUCAAGUUCAUUCAGCUUCUCCUCUUCAUAAUCAUUGUCAUCCUUUAACCCAUCUACCACAAUACACUCUUCUUAAUCUUCUCCAGCAUUGCCACCUUGAACAUUGUGGCAUUCUAUAACUCCAUCAUUUGCCCGGUUGUUUGGGUCCAAAACCUCUUUCCACUCAUUCAACCUCAUAGCUCUCUUUGUUUAUUUUUUUUGCUGGAGAACAAACUUAUGUUUCCCUUCAGCUAUCAUAAGUGGUUAUUGUUUAGUUACUCCAUUUUUAAUACAAGAAAUUCAAGUUAU